AUGGAUUUUCGCAACGAAAACGUUGACAUGAGCCAAAGUUCGCAUCGCAGGAGGAGCAGGACGCCCCGCCCGAACCAACCGCCACUUCCUACACGGCUCAUUAAUAACACUGUGUCUGUGGACGCUCCGCAGGACCAGGCCCUCUCUCAACAUCUGCUCCGACAGAACCAAGAGCUGAAGCUACAGUUGGAGAGGGAACAGCAGAGGAACCAGGCCUCCCAGGAAGAGCUUCUCACACAGAUACGCUCGAAACCAUACUGGACUGUAAAGAUAAGAAAGCACAUCCUGGAUGCAAUCUCUGAGACGUCCCGACAGAAGGCCGCUCUGAGGAACCAGAUCACAGCUCUGCAACAAGAGCUGCAGCAGGAGAAGGAGUCACUGAGGAGUCAGGUGACCCAACUUCAGUCAGAUCUGAGUGAGAGUGACCAAGCCACAGUCACAGCCGAGAGACAUCAGGAGCAGUUACAGACAGAAACGCAGAAGCUAUCAACAACACUAGACUCUCUCACGUCUGUCCUGAACCAGGAGAAGUGUCUCACCAGUGAAGCUGAGCGCAAACUGCAGGAGAAGGAGAGAGAGACGCACGAGCUGAAGAUACAAGUGUCCACCCUAAGAUCUGCCCUGGACCAGGAGAAGCAGGCCACCAGAGAGGCCCAGACCUCCCAGACUGCUCUGCUGCAGCUGGUAGAGGAGCUCAAAGAAAAGCUUCAGACUGAACAGGAGCAGAUACGGGCCGUCAAAGCACAGUGUGAGAAUGUCCAGAAUGAGCACAACAAGGAGCUGGGGGAUAAAGAGUGUGAGAUCAAUCAUCUGAAACAACAGAAGGCUUCUGCUUUUUCUGCACAAGAGGAGGAAGCCCGAGAAGCUGUGUGGGCAGAGAUCGCAGACCUUAAAGUCGCCAACUUUGACCUUGAGGAAAAGGUGAUGAAAAGAGACAAUCGAACCCAGGCCCACCAGGAUACCCAGCGGUCCGAAGAAGAGAAAAGUCUGAAAGGUCAGGUGACCGAGCUCAGACAGGUCCUGCGCGAGGAGAACCUGAUAUGUGUUUCAGUGCAUAAACCAAACUCCCGAGUCCACCUCCCGAGUCCACCUCCCAAGUCCACCUCUCGAGUCCACCUCCCGAGUCCACCUCCCGAGUCCACCUCCCGAGUCCACCUCCCGAGUCCACCUCCCGAGUCCACCUCCCGAGUCCACCUCCCGAGUCCACCUCCCGAGUCCACCUCCCGAGUCCACCUCCCGAGUCCACCUCCCGAGUCCACCUCCCGAGUCCAGCUCCCGAGUCCAGCUCCCGAGUCCACCUCCCGAGUCCACCUCCCGAGUCCACCUCCCGAGUCCAGCUCCCGAGUCCACCUCCCGAGUCCACCUCCCGAGUCCACCUCCCGAGUCCACCCCCCGAGUCCACCCCCCGAGUCCACCUCCCGAGUCCACCCCCCGAGUCCACCCCCCGAGUCCACCCCCCGAGUCCAGCUCCCAAGUCCAGCGUCCCGAGUCUAG